UAUCUUACGUGAAGAUCUUCUCGCGAAGCAAUUUUCCGCUUGUUUCCGGUCAGUUCGUGUCGCGGUGGAAGAAUAACCUAUUUUCGUCAAAUUAAUUAUUUAAGGUAGUUAGCAAACAACAAAUACUUUAAUUAUCGGCGCGUUUGUCUACCGAUAACCCUCAUACCAAACGCACCGAUGUCGGAGGAUCUGGUGAAACAGUUAAACAGCUACAAAGCUCAGCUUCAGCAAGUAGAAGUUGCUUUGUCUACCGACACUGAAAAUGAAGACCUUCAAAAGCUUCUGAAGGACUUACGGGAAGUUAUAGAACUUACGAAAGAUCUGCUGAGUUCACAGCCCACAGAUGGAUCCUCAAAUUCUAGUACUUCAGAAAAACCCCCGCCAAAGCGUACCUGGAAAGUGGGAGAGAGAUGCAUGGCUAUGUGGGGUAGUGAUGGACAGGCGUAUGAAGCUGAAAUUGAGGAGAUAGACCGGGAGAACGGCACUGCAGCCAUUACCUUCGUUGGAUAUGGAAACGCUGAAGUGAUGCCUCUGCUGAACCUCAAACCCGUGGAGGAUGGAAUAUGCACCAUUGAUGAUAGUGCAAAGUCAAAGUCCAAGAAAGAGAUGAUAGCAGAGCAACGGGAGUACAAAAAGAAGAAAGCCCAGAAAAAGGUCCAAAGGAUGAAGGAGUUGGAGCAGGAGCGGGAAGACCAAAAAUCCAAGUGGCAACAGUUCAACAACAAAGCUUACUCCAAGAACAAAAAAGGACAGGUCAAAAGAAGCAUAUUUGCUUCUCCAGAAAGCGUAAAUGGAAAGGUGGGCGUAGGAACUUGCGGUAUAGCAGACAAACCGAUGACCCAGUACAACGACACGUCAAAGUACAACGUCAGGCAUCUAAUGCCUCAGUGAUUUCACACAGUGUGUACAUAAUUUGCUAUAAUACUAGCUGAAUCAGUGCUUUCCAUCGUGUUUAUACGUGAUAUUAAACUCUCAAGUAAAGAAAGCUUUCAAAGGAAUUGCUUGCACACCAGUGUUUGAAAUAUUGUGGAAUUUUUCUUUCCUCUUGUAUUGUGUAAGUCCAACAACAAUCAGUAGGAGGGAGGUUCUCUAGCACUGGAUCGCAGUCCGCUGUUGUAAAACAGACCGUCAUAAAGAGGUCGUAGAUUUUGUUGUCUUCAUGUUUGACUGCAGCAAAAGGCUCCACCCCUAAGACACGUAUAGCCAUACACGUCUAGAUCUGAGGUGUACGUUUGUCUAGUCCAAAAGUUUCGAAAUUUGCAUUCAGAUUUUGGUGUUAUUUGACCGUGCUCCAGAUGCAUUUAAACGUAUGUAUAUACAUAACAGUGAAAUAAAGGAUUUGUUUUUGGUUUUUAAAAAA